AUGAAUGGUAAACAGCCACAGUCUAGCAACAGAGGCAACGCUUCUAGCGGAUUCGUCAAUGAACAAUCACCUCUUCUCUCCCACCACCGCGCAAAACCUCAUCCUCCUCACCAGCCCAACGAUACAGAGAGUGCAGCUCUGAAAGAUGAGCCCUCAAUUAAAUAUCUUGUCGCUGUUUUUGGCAGUAUCUUUAUCGGUGUUUUCCUCGCUGCUCUCGACACUACCAUCGUCGCUACCCUCUCCGUCCCCAUCUCCAACACUUUUGGAUCACUGACCCUCGUCUCGUGGCUUGGGUCAUCAUACCUCAUCGCAAACGCAGCUUGUCAGCCUCUCUCCGGUCGACUGACCGAUAUCUUCUCCCGUCGCUCAGGCCUCGUCCUCUGCAACAUACUCUUUGGUCUUGGAACAUUACUGUGUGGAGUCGCGACCUCGAAAUGGGUGCUUCUCGCUGGACGGGUCGUGGCGGGCAUGGGUGGCGGGGGUCUCAAUGCUAUUACAUCAUUCGUUGCCAGUGACCUCGUACCUUUGAGAAGACGUGGCGUUAUCCAAGGCUUUGUGCAUAUUUGUUACGGCGUUGGCGCUGGUCUUGGUGGGUUGUUCGGAGGUUGGAUCAAUGACCACUGGGGCUGGAGGACCGCUUUCCUGAGUCGCGUGCCAUUGAUUACUAUUUCCACCAUUCUCGUUUCUAUUACCCUACGUAAUACUCCCACCAAACACAGUGAUAAGUCGAGAUUGUCGAGGGUCGACUUCUCGGGCGCUUUCACGCUGUCCUUGACUCUUAUUCUACUACUCUUGGGCCUCAAUUCUGGUGGAAGUCUCGUUGCAUGGAAUCAUCCGCUGGUCCUGGUCUCCUUGCCGCUUUCAGUGGCAGCUGCCGGGGCUUUUGUUCUUGUUGAGUCGAGAUGGGCCACGGAACCUAUCAUUCCCAUGCACCUAUUGCUUGAUCAGACAGUACUCGCGGCAUGUCUGAUGAAUUGCCUUGUGACUAUGAUCCUAUUCAUGGCUACAUAUUACGUCCCCAUCUUCUUCCAAGUCAAUGGCUACUCCACAACAGCUGCCGGCCUUCGUCUCUUGCCGCAAAGUGCAGGCACCGCUUUGAGUUCUCUCACAUGCGGCUUCAUAAUGAAACGUACAGGAAGAUACAGAACAUUGGGAAUGGCCGUCAUAGCGUGUUCUGCUUUGGGCUUCGUUGGCCUCAGCAUUAUGACGAUCCAGACACCGACCCCCCUCGUCUUGACCUAUGUCUUCCUGGUUGGAGUGGGGUAUGGUGGCAUGUUAUCAGUGUCCCUAAUCGCAACAGUCGCGGCAGUGUCGCGUGACGAUCAAGCUGUAGCAACCUCUGCCAACUACGCAUUCCGAUCGAUGGGUUCCACGAUUGGCGUCACGAUUGCGUCGGUAGUGUAUCAAAACUCGUUACAACGCGGUUUACAUCAACGAUUUGACAGCAAGGAAGGAUCUUCUGAGAUAAUAAAGCGACUUCUUGAAUCUUCAGAUGAGCUAAAGCGGCUCCCUGAUGCGUGGCGUGACGGCGUUUAUAAGGCAUACGAGAUUUCAUUGCGAGGAGUCUUUUUGACUGGACUCGGCGUGGCCGUCUUGGGGCUGAUCGCAGCGAGCUUCAUCAAGGAGCACAGGUUACACCAGACUAUCUCUCGUACAGACGACGACUGA